UGGUCGCCGUCAGCUGCUUGACGCACAGAUUACGCAACAUGGAGAGUCAGCUGGCGGCACUGCCACAGCCCUCGUCACCCUGACUUGCUUCCACUCCUUCCCUUCUCACCUGUCACCCUUUCUCGGGGGCGGCCCUGCCUCUUGAUCUGAUCUUCACCUGACCCUGGCCACACUACAUGCCUCCUCGCAGACAGUUGGCAGCACAAACCUGUUUGUGCUCCACAUGUAAACAACAAGGGAAGUUGGGAUCAGCUGUUUGUGUCUUCUGGGAUCCAUAAUCAUAGCUUCAGCAAAAUGGAUUUUGUCAUUGGUGCUGUAGCAGCUUGUGGUGCAUGUUUUGUUUCCAAUCCAAUGGAUGUCUUGAAGACACGCAUGCAGCUUCAAGGAGAAUUGAAAGCUCGAGGGCACUACACUGUGAUUUACAAGAACAUUCUUCAUGCUGGCAUUGCUGUUGCUAAGGCUGAUGGAAUAAUGGGACUGCAAAAAGGACUGAUGCCAGCUUUGGGAUACCAGGUGGUAAUGAAUGGUAUUAGGUUUGGGCUCUAUAGGAAAAUCCUGGACUCGGGGCUCAUAUCUCGACCAGAUGGAAGUGUUUCAACCAUAGGAUGCAUUACUGCAGGAGCUGGUGUGGGCGUGGUAGGCGGUGUUGUUGGAAGUCCUCUUUACCUGGUAAAAACUCAUUUACAAUCUCAAGCAGCAGAGUCUAUUGCUGUUGGUCACCAGCAUCAUCAUCAAGGUUCCUUACCUGCACUGUGGGGUAUUGCAAAGACUGAAGGCAUGAAAGGCCUAUGGCGAGGGGCGACCACUUCAAUACCCCGAGUUGGCAUUGGUUCUGCAUCACAAUUGUUUACCUAUUCCAAAAGUAAAGACUGGUUGGACCAAUAUGGGUUCUAUCCAAGAGACAGUUGGCAAAGUACAUUCUUUGGGGCUAUGGCAAGUGGACUGGUUAUUGCAAGCUGUAUGAGCCCUUUUGAUGUUAUUGCUACACGAAUAUAUAAUCAAGGGCUAGAUAAACAAGGCCAUGGAUUGUUAUAUAAAGGUAUAACAGACUGCAUAGUUAAGACCUUCAGAACAGAAGGCUUCUGGGGCUUCUACAAGGGGUGGUCUGCCAUAUACUUUAGGAUUGGACCACACAGCUUCCUUAACCUUAUAUUUUGGGACCUCCUUCAAAACCUAUAUUUGAAUGUGAGCACCACCUCCCUCGAUGGUUGAGAUAUAUCUGUUGCAAACUUUACUAGCCAUGUACAUUCCAAGAGCACCACCAAAGUUGUCUUUUAAGCACAGAGUUGUAGAAUGUAAGAACAAUUUAAAUGAGAUUGCAAUGGAUGUCAAAAUCAUUAGUAGUUUCACAGCAUCAUAUGACAAAGAAUAGAGAGAAUUCAGUGUAAUGCCUGGUUUAUAAAGGUUAGCAUUUGUGGUUGUUAAUGUAAAUGUUUCUCUUAUUUAAAAUGGGAGUUAGUUUUAUUUGUGAUAAUUUUUAUGAUUCGUGUUUGAGAGUAUGUAUUAGUAAAUGAAGAUGAUUCUGUGUAUUCACCUAGUUGUGCUUGUGGGGGUUGAGCUCUGCUCUUUCGGCCCGAUUCUCAACUAUCAAUCAACUGUUACUAACUACAUACUAAAUUUUUUUUUCCACAUACACACACUCCCAGGA